AUGUCCUCCUUUGAUCCCUCGCUUUCAACCAGCGGUAUGCGGCCUCCACUGGCCUCCGCGACCGCUCCGUCAAUGGCCGACUCACUUCCUAGUAUCAACUUCGGGUUCGAAGAUCUGCGCACCCGGAUGGCUCAAUUCACUGCCCGAUUCGAUGCCUUUAUUGAACGUGGUAGGAAGCAAGUUUUGGAGGAACGGAAUCAGUUCAAAAUAGGCCUGGCGGAACUACAAGAGGAUGAGCGGAUGAGACAGAGAGAUAUCGAGAUUCUGAACUUAAAGUCGCAAACCCACGAACAAACUCUACAGAAAGAAGCCGCCGAAGCCGCCGAGAUGCAUGCUGCCGUUUCGUCUGUCACGCUGGAACGCGACUCUCGACUUACCAAACGUGACCGCCUCAAACAACAAAUUGAAGAGACGCAGAAGGCCAUCAACCAAAGACUAGAGGCGCAGAAAAGCCACUCUCGAUAUCUUGACGCACAGUCGCGACUGAACGUCCCUGAACUCGAUUUUUGGCAGGACUAUCUAUGUCUUCGAAUUGAAGGGGCUGGCAGGGAGGAUCGAUUGAAAUUUGUUUAUAGCCAUCUGUUGGAGAAGGACUGGGAGGCUGAAGCUUGGUUUGAACUUGGUACUUCUAGUCGCGAUUAUGAAGUCUUCCACUCACGACCGAAGUUGGAUAGGGUCUCCCUUGAUCGGGAGCUUGGCUUGUUGAAUGAGGAUCGUGACUUUGGUGCGUUUUUGAAAAGAAUGCGCAAGCUGUUUGUGGAGGCCAUGAAAUGA